AUGUUUAAUCCACGGUUCCUCGUCGUCAGUCUUGGGAACCCAUUACCGAAAUAUGCGAGUCUGCAUUCAGCAGGGCAUUUUGCCCUGAGAGGCCUUGCUCCCAUUUUACAACACCCAGACUUCAGGGAGGUGAGGAUAGGGAAACAGACCGCUCUGGUCUCACAAGGUCCUAAAUAUACGCUUGUACAAUCUCCCACCUUGAUGAACAUCUCUGGUCCUUUCAUCACAGGGGCAUGGAAUGAAAUGCUGAAGCAGCAUGAUGCGUCUUCACUGUCACUAGUCAUUGUACAUGAUGAAUUGGAAAAGGGGCUCGGCAUCGUCAAGUUAACAGCAUGGGAUCGAAGUCACAAGGGACACAACGGAAUCAAAAGUAUCAAAGCGCAUUUGUCUGAAGAUAAAUAUCCCGAAUCACCUUUUGUGCGGAUUGCCCUCGGCAUUGGUCGUCCCAAAUCGAGAGAACCGCAGGACGUCAGUGAUUAUGUUCUCGGGCCAAUCCUACCUGAGAAGCGACAAAUUCUCGAGGAAGACGUCCCAUUGGAGGUUGCAAAGUGUUUGAAUAUUCUGGAGAAGGAGUGGAGGCAGGAGUUGGGGCGGUGA